UGUUGACAGCGUACUGCGGUAAGAUGAUGCAGAGCAUAAACCCCGCGUUGACUGAAAUAUCCCGGGAAAAACUAACAAACACGCAUCUCACAACUUUACAGGAUUGGACAAAAGCUUUGCGGGAUGACGCGUUCAGGGCCAGUGCCCAUGAAGAUGUUAUUAAAAAUCUCCAUGCAGUCCUUUCAAGAUUGUCUGUGGAGAUUCAGAGCUUGAAUGAUGUUGUGGAUCCACAGGAGGAAAGUGUGUCACUCCUCCUUAAGCUCACCACAGAGUGUUUCAGAGCACAAAGAAAUGCCUGUGUGCAGUGCACUCCAAUUCAGUGCACACUAAGAGAUCAAGGAUCUAUCAAGUUGUCUUUUGAGAUUUUGUGUAAACUCAUUAAGCUUUCAUCAGGAGGGUCAAAUAACGUUUAUGAUGCGAUCCGAUGCGGUAUUCAGUUUCUUGGUAACAUCGCUGUUGGAAACCAGCUCUGUAAAGAUGACAUCUGGAAGCUCGGUUUUCCGCACAUCUUUUGGAACCUGUUGGACCUCCCAGAUGAGAAAGUUGUCUCGUACACAUGCAUGGUGCUUCACACGUGCCUCGAUGAACACAAGACAGAACAGCUCGCUCAAGAUGCCCAGCAGCUUAAAGUGUCUCGGAAGAUCAUGGACUUGUGCAGGAGUUUGCCUGAUGUGGACUGGACGGUCCUGAUUGCCACACAACAUUUCCUCAAGUCAUCACAGCUCAUUAUCAAGAUGUACACUGAAAUGACCAAUGAAGAAAGGCUUACACUAUUGGAGCUGAUGUUAGCACAUCUUGAUGUGGGUGAGGAGGAGAAAGACUCUUUAAUUCCUCUGAGUCUAGCUGAGUUCCUGGCCUCCUGCUUUACUGAUCACUGUAAAGCUGUUCUUAGUCUGACCUCUGAAUCUUCAGCCGAUGAUCAGGCUGCCAUGGUCGUGAUCAGACUCUUGGACAUCCUUUGUGAGAUGACCUCGGACUGGAAAAAGUUCAUGGCUCUACAGGAUCGCUCUGACCUUUUGAGCUCAACAGUCGAUCUCUUAAAAGAGGUCCAUAUACUGGGCAAAACAAGUAAAAAUGUGUUCACAGCAGCACACGAUUUCUCCUUGACGAGGACAGAGGGCGCCGGCACCAACACCAACCCAUACCUCAGUUUCAAAUCUCAUCUCAUUCGACUCAUCGGGAAUCUCUGUCAUGGCCACAGUCUCAACCAGGACAAGGUUCGAGAACUGGAUGGUAUCGCGCUUAUUCUGGACAACUGUAGCAUUGAUAGCAACAACCCUUUCAUAAGCCAAUGGGCCGUGUUUGCCAUCCGGAACAUUCUGGAAAAUAACCCAGAGAAUCAGAAGCUGAUUCAAGGCCUUCGAAGACAAGGUGUGGCAGAUGACACAAUACUCAGAGAGAUGGGCUUCAGAGUGGAGGAAAGGGAUGGAAGUCUUCUACUCAGGCCUUUAAAGAAAGACCCAUAGUUCCCCAUCCCCGCGCUCCUCUUUGCUGUGUUAUAUAUGCUACGGAGAUGGCUUAAAAACACUCACAGAACAACACCGGGGUCAUUUUAAUUAUCCAAUCAUUGGUUGGGAGCACAAGGGGCUGGUCUGAGCUUUUGUGUUGCUCCACGCCAAGAGGAGCUUAUCUUAGAAGGAACCAUGCUGAUAUCUGUGAUGCAUUUAAGGGUCUUUGAUUGCAGCCCCCCAUGUGGGAUUCAAAUCCAAUGAAACAAGCAGAACCAUGUCUUCCUGGCUUUUCACACACUAAAGAGACUGGUGACCAACAGAGAGUAAAGGUUAAUCCCUAAUUCAAACCAUGCGCCCUCUGGAUCUGUGCAUGUAAAGUUCGCCUCUCAUACCCACGAGACUUCGCUUUAAAUAUCCUCGAAUCCGUUUACCCGAAAUGCAAAUCCCGUCAUCAUUUACUCACCCACAAAGCCUGUAUGAUGUAACAGGACAAUGUUAGUUCUUGGUCACCAUACUCUUUCAUUGCAUGAAUCAUAUGAUCAUAACAUCUCAUGGUUUUGGAACAACAUACUUUAAGCAAAGCAUCUUGGUAAGUGGCGAUUACAGUGGUGUGGAUGACACCAUAUAUAAGCCUUUACUUCCUGUCCGACCUAAUCUACACAGGAAACUCUCAAAGGCUGAGCAGACACCAGUCAUCAUUUUUUUUUCUCUCAUUCCCAUACCUCUCGAUUUCGUACCCAUCUAGUU